GUCGAGAUAUAUUGGUUAGGCUUUUGUAUUGCUGUUACAUUAAUCACGGCACCCAACUUUUUCUCCCAAAGGGCAAAACAGAUGAUGAAAGAGACAUUAGUUAUGAGAGACAAGGUGAAGUUUAUAAAGACCUUGUCACAUUUUUAAAAGAAAAAUCAGCAAAAUUUUCAGAAAAUAUGUCUAAACAAGAGAUUAGCUUCAGUGAAGGCAAAAAAAUGGAAAAAUAUCAGCUUGAGGAGGCACCCAAGAAGGAACAAGCCCCCACCUUCCAUAAAUCUAUUUCUGGUUCAGGCAAGAGUCCACUGGUGAAGAACCCAAUUAAUUUUGGAAAGAAUCAAAUGACCAAGAGAUUAAAGCCGAGCUUAAACUGGAGGCUAACAUUAUUUUUUAGCCGCAAAAGCUUAUUAAAAGAUAGCCAAGAGGAAAAACACGGAGUAAAACUUGAGAAGUCAAGACCAUCUCUUUCAACUGGAAGAGGACAAUUACUUCGUAAGUAUGCUGAUAGGACUGAGGAAAUUGUUAGUGAGAGCUGCUCCUCAGAGAGUGAGGAAUGUGAAGAAUCACCUGACCAUCGUCAAGAAGCAAAUGCAGAUUUACCAUCGGAAUAUUGGCAAAUUCAGAAGCUGGUGAAAUAUUUAAAGGGAGGAAAUCAGACAGCCACGGUGAUUGCAUUGUGCUCCAUAAGGGAUUUCAACUUAGCUCAGGAGACCUGUCAGUUGGCAAUCAGAGAUGUUGGAGGCCUUGAAGUGUUAAUAAUUUACUUGACACAGAUGAAGUCAAAUGUAAGAUUGGUUCAUUAAAAAUCCUGAAGGAAAUCAGUCAUAAUCCUCAAAUCAGACGUAAUAUUGUUGACCUUGG